GGACCCGGGUCAGCUGACAGACUGCAGCCGGGAUCUGGUUUGUGACUAGGUUCUUGGCUGCUGUGGAGAGAUGACAAGGGAGCAGUCAGGAACAGCGAUCCUGGGCAGACCCUGGAGACCGCGGAUGCAGGGCUCCAGAGAAGGUUGUGGGAUUCGGGUGUUUGCCGUGUUCUUUCAGCUGCUGUUGUCUCUGGCAAGACUAGAGGCUGGGGCUAAGAAUGACUUCAGUAUGGUACAGCCACUAGUGACAAUGGAACAGCUGCUGUGGGUGAGUGGGAAGCAGAUCGGCUCAGUGGACACCUUCCGCAUCCCGCUCAUCACAGCUACUCCGCAGGGCACUCUUCUCGCUUUUGCUGAGGCCAGAAAAAUGUCAGCAUCUGAUGAGGGGGCCAAGUUCAUCGCUCUGCGAAGAUCCACGGACCAGGGUAGCACAUGGUCCUCUACAAAAUUCAUUAUGGAUGAUGGGGAGACUGCUGAUGGGCUGAACCUGGGGGCAGUGGUGAAUGAUGUUGAGACAGGAGUAGUGUUUCUUUUCUAUACUCUCUGUGCUCACAAGGUUCACUGCCAGGUGGCCUCCACCAUGUUGAUAUGGAGCAAGGAUGAUGGCAUUUCCUGGAGCCCACCCCGAAAUCUCUCCCUGGAUAUUGGCACUGAAAUGUUUGCCCCUGGACCAGGCUCUGGCAUUCAGAAACAACGUGAGCCACGGAAAGGCCGGCUUAUCGUGUGUGGCCAUGGAACAUUGGAGCGAGAUGGUGUCUUCUGUCUGCUCAGCGAUGACCAUGGUGCUUCCUGGAGCUACGGGAGUGGGGUCAGCGGUAUCCCCUACGGCCAGCCCAAGCGGGAAAAUGAUUUCAACCCUGAUGAAUGCCAGCCCUAUGAGCUCCCAGAUGGUUCCGUCAUCAUUAAUGCCCGGAACCAGAACAACUACCACUGCCACUGCCGGAUUGUCCUCCGCAGCUAUGAUGCCUGUGAUACCCUAAGGCCCCGGGAUGUGACCUUUGACCCUGAGCUGGUGGAUCCUGUGGUAGCUGCAGGAGCUAUAGCCACCAACUCUGGCAUUAUCUUCUUCUCCAAUCCUGCCCAUCCAGAAUUCCGAGUGAACCUGACCCUGCGCUGGAGCUUCAGCAAUGGUACUUCAUGGCAGAAAGAGACUGUCCAGCUAUGGCCAGGACCCAGUGGCUACUCAUCCCUGGCAGCCCUGGAGAGCAGUACUGAUGGAGAAGAGCAGGCCCCCCAGCUCUAUGUCCUGUAUGAGAAAGGCCUGAAUCACUACACAGAGAGCAUCUCCAUGGCCAAAGUCAGUGUCUAUGGAACGCUCUGAGCUAUGCCCUAGAAGUCCUAACUCUGCCUACAGACCAGGGAUCUAAGGGAGUCUGCUGGGGGUACCAAAAGACAGCUCCACCUUCCUUUGGAUUCUUAACCUUUUUUACAAAAUCAACUUGUUUUUGACAGGGAAAUCACUCCGUUAUGACUAAAAGCCCAGCUUCCUCUCCUACAUAGGAAGUUCUGCCCUUACCUGGGAGUACUUCCUUUACAUAUCACUGGGGAUGAUGUCCCCUUAUUCUUUCAGCCCUUCCAGCUCAGUGAUUGAUCCUUUUUGGGGCAGGGCUGGGUUGGCCUGUAGAAUUGAACAAAUGUGAACUCAGGGAACCGGGGGAAGGCUGAGCUUCCUCUUAGGGGUUGAGAUACAACAACUUUGAAGAGGGUUGUGAAAGUCCCUGGAGGGCAAGAUACUUGGUUUCAGGGUCAGGAACCAGGUGCAUCACACCCUUUGACUAUUUAUGAAUCAAAAUCUUUGUAACUUAACACUUUUAAUGAAGGAGAAUGAACAUUUGUAGAGUCUCUGAUUCUGUCAAUGCAUAUCCACUGUGUACUUGUGACUGGAAAAAAGUAUUUUGGGGAGGGAGCUCAUGUGCUUAGUGCUUGGAAAAACCUGAAUUUGGCAAAUCAAAUCCUCCUUUCCUCUGACACUCCUCAUCACAGAAAACAAAUUGAUCUUCAUAGGUACGAUGAAGAGUAGAAAGGAGAACUCCAUAAGAUAUUUUAAAACCUGCUCUGUUUCAUAUUUCUAAGGUGGGGUGGAAUAUUGUCCUCCAUGAAAUAGAGAGCAGGUCUGUAAAAUCGGAUGGGAAACCUGUACCAGUCCAGCCUAGUGAGAAGUAAGCACUUCUUGACAAAUUAUGUAAAAAAGAAAAGCACCUUCAGGGCUGGGGUUGUGGCUCAGUGGUAGAGCACUUGCCUGGCAUGUGUGAGGCACUGGGUUUGAUUCUCAGCACCACAUAUAAAUAAAUAAAUUAAAUAAAGGUCCAUUGACAACUAAAAAAAAUAGAUAUAUUCUUCCUGGGGCAGAUGCUGCAGAAAGAACAGAGCAGCCUGCUGGUGAAUGGUAGAAUCACAGCUUUCUUCAUGAGGAAAGGAAGUACAACACAUCAGUGGGAUGUUAAGAGUGUUCAAAGGAGCUGGAAGUGUAGUUCAGUGGAAGACAACCUGGGGUUCAUUUCCCAGCACCAUAAAUAAAAAUAAUUUUUAAAAUUUUAAAACAACAUUAAGGGGCUGGGAAUUUAAUUCAGUGCACAACGAGGCCCUGAGUUCAAACCCCAGCACUGCAAAUAAUACUAAUAUUAAGAUUUUUAAAAAUUCAUAGACACUUUCAAAACAUAAAAAAGGGUGGGGGAAGUGCCGGGCACAAUGACCCAGGCCUGUAAUCCCAGUGGCUUGGGAGGCUGAGGCAGGAGGAUCACAAGUUGUUAUCCAGCCUCAGCUCAGCAAGUUAGCGAGGCCCUAAACAACUCAGUGAGACCCUGUCUCUAAAUAAAAUACAAAAUAGGACUGGGGGGGCUGGAGAGAUAGCUCAGUUGGUAGAGUGCUUGCUUUGUAAGCACAAG